GCUACUGCAAGAUAAAGAGAUUCGUCUUUGUAUGUACGCUUAAUGAAACGUAUAGAUCUAUUGUUGUAGAUUUAACAAGAAUUGAUGCGUCUUUAUCAAAAAUUCCGUCCAAUUUACUAUUAAUGAUCGUCUUGUAAUCAGACAGUCAUGUGUUUCGAAUUAACGCUUGAGACUAAUUAACCGUCCUUAAUAGUAAUUUUGUAUAAGCGACUUAUAAUUUAUAAAUAAAAUAAGCAAGGAUUCAUGAGGAAAUGAUUUAUUAUAAUGCUACAUGUACGAAACGAAUCGCACGAACAUUUGUUUAAUAAAUAUCAGAACACGUACUAUGCGUUAUCGUUGAAAGUUUCUUCUGAACACGAUUGCAAAUCCAUCGAUGCAUCGAUUUAGCAUAACAACAAACAAAAAACUGGAUGACGCGUAAAACCCUUGAAACGAUUUGGAGGUUCGCUCGAUGACAGGAAGCUAAUGAAAGUUUCGUAAAACUGAGUGAUCAUGGAGCCCAAAGGUAGUAUCCUUGAUUGGUUCCGUCCUAUGAAAAAGAAAUCCGGACGUGGAGUGGCUGACAGAGCUGGCGGCGGUGUACUCGACAGUUGUAUUCGACAAGUAAUAAGACCCCUCAGGAUAUUUCAAUUCCUGGCGGUAGUCCUCAUCUUUGUACUUAUAACUUAUACGAUACACAUUGUUAGCCACGAUGUGACAUCCGUAAUAUGCAUAUUAAUCCUCGCGUUGUCCGGAGUCUAUGUUUUCGUUCUGGCGCUUGACUUAAUUUGCCAAUUCGGUGGAGGAGAAAUACACAGUCUGCCGAUGUUCAUAUUUUCCUUACUGGGUAUGAUAUUCUUCGCGGCCGCUGGAAUUAUAAUAUUAUUCACAUACACCUCGCCGUGGACGAUAGUGGCGAUAGCCUGUUUCUCAUUAGUUGCGUUCAUUCUCUUCGUAAUCGACGUCACAUUAGUAUUAGCAUUUUGGAAACGUAGCUGCAAUCUUUGUCAGCAAUGCUGUUACGCGAAUAAAGCCGAAGUUCUGUACCAAGCAACCGGCGAGUGUGACCCUCAGUGCACCGAAACGGUCAAAUACGACCUGAUGACCAGCGUGAGUAGCGUGCAAGUACCAUCCGGCGACGAGCAACCGACUCCCGACCACUCGAAGAGGAAAGUUAACUACGGCCAUCGGCGCGAAUACGUCGACUGCAAGACCAGCGCGCGGACACUCGCGACUACCAGCGUCUGCGACGUCCAAACGGAGAAACGUCCCGUGGUCAACAUACAGAGCCAAACACCGCGAGAAGUGAAAGAAAUUCCGGUGCAAACGGUAAGCAGAUGUGAAAUGUGUAAUAGGAAGAUCAAUCUUUCGUCGAAAUCAUCGGGCACGAUUCCUGCCUCUCAUCAAGCGUGCGCGCCCUGCCCAGCGCUCGUUCAACUCUUCCGAGGACACCCCUGUUCUCCAGGUUGUAGGUGUAACCUCACCGGCAUAAUAAUGCAACAGAACCAGCAAGCGCAAACGCAACAGCAACGGGAAGCGAAGUUGAACUCGGACCCGAACCAUCGGACGGAACCGGCGGACAAGAAUCUCCACGACACGUUGCCGAGCAAGCCGGACAAUCAAAAAAUAACGGAGGUCUCGGGAACAAUAACUAAAGUCACACUAGCUUCGUACACGAUGGUACCGAAGAAAUCUAGCAUCUCGAGUCAAACCGGCGAGGCAGAGGAUACGAUGUAAAGCUCUCUUACAUUAACUGAGUUUAACACUUUAACAGUUAGCGAUAAGAACGUAAUUGAUAUUGAUAGAGAAAAGGUCGAUGAGUCGGGCAACUCGAAAAAUUCGAAAGCAUUGCAGAUGAGGAAUGAGAUGAGGGGAAAACACAAAGUAUUGAUGUCAGA